CAGAGGUUGAGUUUCAGAUUGCUAAUUAAAAGAAAGAAGCAGAGAGAAGAAAAGGGUAUUGAGAAUAUCAUGAAGGACUGGGCUGCUCCGAUCAUAGCUGCAGCUCUGUUUGCAUUUCUAUCACCAGGAUUGGUGUUUCAAAUUCCUGGAAAAGGACGACCACUUGAUUUCAUGAACAUGAAGACAAGCGCUGCCUCCAUAUUUGUUCACAUGAUUAUAUAUGGUCUGCUUCUUAUUUUAUUCAUCGUUAUUCUUCACAUCCACCUUUAUGUCUAGAAUUAUAUGUCAAUUUAAUAAGAAAAUUGGAAGAUGGCUUUAUGAUAUCAUUUCUGCUUUAGCUAUUAGAAGUUUCCUAACACAGAAUUCCUCCAA